GUAUACUGUACUUACAGAUUUUAAAUGUAAUUAGCUGUGCUUACAAUCAUAUAUAAGAACAGAGCAGAGGAAGGUGCCAGGAAAAGGUGAGGGCCUGGUGUGAUAGUGGUCACUCACUGGCCACUAUUGCUGGGUUCAUUUGGCAGCUUCUCACCCGUUGACCGCGAAUACCUGGUUUUUGCUCUACUUACAGAAAAGUAGUAUUGUUCAAAUUUAUCCCUUAUGAUAAAAGCACCGAUGUGAAGAAGAACCAACCCCUUCUACUGCACGUUUUGAGAUAUUUACAGAUUGCAUCUGAGUACUCGAUUCAUAAUGUUUGUAAAAAAGAGGUAUUGUGUUUCUUGUGUUUGUAAGAAGGGAAGAGCCAUAACUGUAGGCUAAGGCAUGUGCUUUUUCCUAAGGGUGGGGAUAUGUGUAUUUUAAAACCACAUACGCAUAUUAUAUAAACAUGUGCUGAUUGGAAAUAACCUUCUUUUUCUGUUUUAUUUUAGGGAUAAUGACUCUUCUUGCUUCUCACCUAAGUUGAAUAAGCACCUUGUGCACUUUAAUCCCCUGUCAGUGCCAUCAGGCUGACUGAAGACAGGUUUUUGAAAUCUCAGCUAUAAAGACAUCCAGCCAAAGUCUCAAUCUUGCCUUAACAAUGUUCCAGAGACUGAAUAAAAUGUUUGUGGGUGAAGUCAAUUCUUCUUCCAACCAAGAACCAGAAUUUAGUGAGAAAGAAGAGGAUGAAUGGAUUCUUGUUGACUUCAUAGACACUUGCACUGGUUUCUCAGCAGCAGAAGAUGAGGAAGAAGAAGACAUCAGUGAAGAGUCACCUACCGAGCACCCUUCAGUCUUUUCCUGUUUACCUGCGUCUCUUGAGUGCUUAGCUGAUACAAGUGAUUCCUGCUUCCUCCAGUUUGAGUCCUGUCCGAUGGAGGAGAGCUGGUUUAUCACCCCUCCCCCGUGUUUUACUGCAGGUGGAUUAACCACUAUCAAGGUGGAAACCAGUCCUAUGGAAAACCUUCUCAUCGAACACCCCAGCAUGUCUGUCUAUGCUGUGCAUAACGCCUGCCCUAGCCUCAGUGAGGCCCACUGUGGGACUGAGGAAUUUCAUGACCCAGGCAGUCCCAGGUACGUUACUCUCUCCACAGACAGUCUGGGCCAGGAAAAGCUGCUUAUAAGACUCACUGGCACAGAAGUGGAAGCUCAGAAUGAAAUGGGGCAGCACAUUCACUGCUAUGUUGCAGCUCUUGCUGCUCAUACAGCUUUUCUGGAACAACCCAAGAGCUUUCGCCCUUCCCAGUGGAUAAAAGAGCACAGUGAAAGACAGUCUCUGAACAGAAAUAGCCUUCGUCGCCAAAAUCUUACCAGGGAUUGCCACUCUCGGCAAAUCAAGCACAAUGGCUGGGCUGUCCAUCAGCCCUGCCCACGUCAGUACAAUUACUAAGAAUUUCGUGUGUUUGGUUGGUUUCUCUUGGUUUGUGCAUAUGUGUGUGCGUGUGUGUGUGUGGACAAUGAAUAUGCUGUCUCUUUACAGCCAACCGAUGACCAAUCACAUAGUUUUACCCGUGUGUUUAGACACUAUCUUGAAAACCAGAUUUACAUGCUGUGUAUCACGUAAUGCCUUGCUCUUAACAUUUACUUUUUUGUAAAUCUUUUCAGAAACAUAUCAAUACAGUUACAGUGUUUGGUGUUUGGGGAUGUCUUUAAAUCAAUAAGGUGUACACGAGUUAGCAACUUAAAGACAUUUCUUCCCAAGUACGAGAAUAGGCAUAGUUCAAUUUCAUCUUAUUUGGUAUUAAUCAGUCUUUUGAGUAAGCAGAAAUUUAUUCUCAGGGUCAGCCAUACACUUUAUUGACCAGUACUUGAUAAUCUUUUCUGUAUAUAACGAAUACAUUUUUACACACUAACAUGAGCAUUAACAAGUGAUGUGGUUGCCACAGAGAUAAUGGAAUUAUGGCUGAACUUUCUUUUGGAAGAAAACUUGAUAUAUUUCUGUGUGUAUGGGUUUUUUAUUUCCCAGAUUAGCCAUACAGUUCAUUUUGGAAUUCAGGUACAUUAAGUGUUAGCAAACAGUGCGUUCAGUAAUUCCGAUGUGACUGUGUAACAUGGUACAGACAUUACAGGCAUCGUGGGACAACAGCACCUGUCUCACAUGCAGAGCGAUUAAAUUAGACCUGUGAAAUUGUAUUUGGAAAAAUGAAAUGUGUGUCUGUAACUAACCCAUUGGUCCACUAUUUAAGUUGUCUGGAUUCUUUCCUGCCAGCUCUGCCUACUCGCCACCUCACGUCAGCUGUAAAUUCAGAAGUACUUGUCCUGGCACUUGAGUGACUUCCUAUUUAUAUGUGCCCAAGGGAAAAGAGACGGGCUUUGUAUUUCUGAUACAGUGAUAGAUCCUCUGCCAGGGAGCCUGUCCUGCCAAGUGGCAAGCAAGGGUGAAGUGGAUUCCUGGUGACAUCUUCUCAUAGCAUCUAAAUGAAGAGAAUGACAGGUUGGCUUCCUUGAGUUUUCAUUUUUUUGUUUUCACUCGGGCUUCAGGCAAAAUCCUUAACCACUUUGGCCUCUGUUUCCUCCACCAGUGGGGGAGUAGUAACAGGUACCUCCCUCACAGUUGUUGUGAGGACUGUAUACUGAUUUGAAGUGGAGCUGUCCAGAACUGAUCCUUGUGUGGAAUUCCAAGGGCCUCUCUACCGAGUCCAGUGAUGGGGGUGGGGCCUGUGGCAACUCUUCUGCCACAACUGUUCUUCAGAGUGUUGGUGCUAAUGAGGCCAGGGUGCAGGGUUCGAGUCACACAGAGGCCAGUUAACGCAGAGAAAAUCGAUUUCCUUACCUCUAGCCAGUCACUUUAUUUUUUAGCAGUUGUAAUGGGUUUUGCUGAGCCAUCUGCACUCACCAAUUUCCUCUGAAAUUAAGUUAAACACAUUUACAAUCCAAAGCACAUUCUACUGACAGAGCAAUACUAUCACCUGCAUGAUCAAAUAGCUUAUUUUUUCCAUCUCCUCUGCAACCCUCAUUAAAUAAGUACAUGGCUAUACAAUGUUUUCAAGGGAGAAAGCAGCAUAUAGUUAUGUGAAGUAUUAUUAUAUUCUUCAGUAACCCUGUAGCAGUUGGAUGCAGGGAACCACGCGAGACAUUUUUUUUAAGUGAAGAGCUGUGUUCUUUUCUGACUAGACUGGGAUGUGUGGAGUCAGAAGAGGUCAGAUAGCUUAGUUGGACGGUGGUAUGAGGUUGGUCCUCCACUGGCUGUGCUGAAGGGCCAGGAAUGUCUUUUCAGAACGAGAGUCUAGAUCCCCCUUCUGUCCUUAGGCCCCCUUCCAUUUCAACUACCCCUUAAUUUAUUUGUUUUCUAAUUAGGGGCCAAGUCUGUAAAGUUUUGUCAAACUGAGCUAGAAGUUAUUUUGUUAUUUGUGUUUACCAGAGUUGGGAGGUAAGGUAGAGUUUUCAUGAAGGUGUGUAUGUUUUAUACCACGACUGUUAAAGGGCCGUAUGUUGCUAACUUGAGCAUGGAUGUAAGCCUCUGAAUACAUGGGGUUCUCUUUUUUCAUAUAUUAAAUGCAAAUUAUUAGUACCUCACGAGCUAUAGAAGUUCAGCCAUGAGAAUUUGUUUGGCAGCAUGAACAGAUUUGUAUAUAAAACUGCAAUGGUCUUUUUUUACUAUUUUUUCAGAUUUCUUAAUAUCUUAAAUACAUCUCUAUCAGUUAUUGACUUUUUGUUUGCCUUAUUUGGGCCAAGUUUUUUAUGCUUUGUACCUGGAAAACAAAUGAUUUUAGUCUUUGAGAUGUUUUUUUCAGUGUAAGGAUUACCACACACCGUCUGUGAUGUCAUACUGUCGUUUCUGUAUCAAUAUCUAAGGUUUCUGUCUAAGAUUGGCACGUGUAAGAAUUGAAGAACGUGGUUAUAUAAUGUAGUUGACGUUCUUGGUCAUAAGAUAUUUGCUAGAGAUCUACUAUGUGCAAGACACAAGAUCAAUAAUAACAGAGAGUGAUGUUAAGUAUUCUUUGAAACGUGGCUGAAAUGCAGCUUAUUAUAAGUUAAUUUUUUUGCUAUUGUAAAUAUUAGUGGUUUACAAUGUGCUUUAGUGCAUAUUCCUUAAAAAUUCAAGCAGUGAGAAAUAAGACCCCUUUGAAUUUAGUGCUCUGUUUCUAAACUAAUAUAGAAUGUUACUUGGAAAAAGUCUGGAAUAUAUGGUGCACACAGCAGUGCUUCAUGAAUGAGUUUCUUCGUUUUUAUAAAGCACCAUGUUUAUCAAAGUUUGUGUUUUUUGUUAAUAAAACAUUUUGUAAUGUAUAUCCUAUGUUUAUUACUUUUUCUUCUUCACCUAAUUUGAUUAUGUACUGCACUGUAAGUUGAAGAUUAACCACCCAUUAUUUAUCCUCUGUGGCAAUUUAUAAUAUAUGGUUGGGUGGGUGGGGAAUUUUCUGCAGAAAGUGCAAAGUGAUUGGGUUUUUUACUUACUGUUCCAGGGAGCUUUUUUUCUACAUUCAUUUCCUGUGCAUUCUUCCAGUUCCCCUGCAAACUGUUUCUGUUUACAUACCUUCUCUGUUGUAUCAGUACUUUGACUCUGGUGAGAUGACAGUUUACUUAAAACUUGAGAGGGCCAUUCACAUUGCCUAAUGUUUUUACUUCUCAAAUCUGUGUAGUACACUGGUUUGUAAUCUCUGUGUCUUCACUGAAUCUGAGUAUCUUUGCUAUUUCUCUUCCUCAAGAAAACAUAUUGUCUUUAUAUACUUUUAAGAAAAAAGAGCAAAGAAGGGUAUUAUUUUAUUCUCAUUUUUUUUUUUUUGAGUUGGAAACAAACAAAAAAAAUGAAGGACUCCAACUAGAAGAUAAACAUUUAAAUAGCUUAGUGGAGAAAGUUUAAGAGUUUCCAAGUAUUAGUUUUUGUUUUUAGAAUCAGUUAAGAGACUGCUCCUUGUACUAGAGAUACUAGCAUAUAUUUUAAUGUUACCUGAAAAUUACCUUUUUAUUUUAUGUCCCAUACAUACUGGUUAAAUUCUUUAAAAAGUUGGGGUACUAUCAUGGAUGGUUUCACUCCCAUCAGCCCCCACUGAUGUAUCAUAAAUGGCAUCCUUAUUUUAAUGCUUAAAGUUUUAUAUAAAAUGCUUUAUUUAGAAAACUUACAUAAUAUAGUGGUGUAAGCCUUGCCAUGUACCAAUUUCACUUGAAAUUUCACACCAAUUACAGUGGUUUGGGGUGGAGAAAGGUCCCGGAAAGCAUACAGAUAAGGAUAUCUUUUUCUAUUUGUAACAGUAUCCUUCACGUGGGAGAAGUUACUAUUCCAAGGAAGGCAGCUUAAGUGGAUAUUGUUUUGUGUGUCGUUGAGAAUUUUCCUUAAAAACUUUUUUUAAAUUGUGUAAUUGUUAAAUGCCCAGUUUUUCUCUGUAUUUUCCUGAAGUUUUAGUAUUUGUUUUCUAGGUGGGCUUCUGAAAACCAAACCAGUACUAGUACUUGGGGAGGUUCGAUGUGUGUGUUUCCAGGCUUGGUAUGCAUGAGUGGUUUUGCUUGCUUUUUUGGUUGUGUUUUCCUCCAGAGGUUUGGAACCUUAAUCAGUAAUUGUGUGUGUUAAUUUUUUUUUAAGUGGCUUUGUUUUUUGGUUUUUUUCCUCAAGUAAAAUUGUGAACACAUUUGCUUUUCAAGGGCAGGGCAUCAGUUCUAGAGACUGAAGAGUAUUAUAGAUUGUACUUAUGUGCCUUCUUGAUGUGUUUCUGGAAACAACUUUUUUUGACAACUUGAAAACUCAAAAGGGACAUUUGAUUAGGUUAUAUACUGUACAUCAAUCUAUGCAUAAAUGGCAGCUUGUUUUCUUGAGCCACUGUCUAAAUUUUUUUUGUUUUUAUAGAAAAUUUUUAUACAGAUUGGUUCAUAGAUGGUCAGUUUUAUACACAGACUAAACAAUACAGCACUUUGCCAAAAAUAAGUGUAGCAUUGCUUAUACAUUGUGUAUUAACACCAGUUCUUUGUAAUUGGGUUCAGUGGUGUAAUUCGCACUACCUGGAGUUACGGUUUUUAAUCUGUCAGUAAAUAAAAUGUCCUUUAAUUUCA